AUGACCUGUCUGGAACUGGAAGUGGGCAAGAACAUAUUCUUCUUUUUUCUGAAGGAGAGAGGUCACCUGCAUUGUUUCAGUAAAGGAUGGAUGAGAACGCAUCAAAUGAAGCAUUCUCUUUCUGUGACUUGUGAUUCUGGAAGCAGUUCUAUUCCACUAAAUGGCUGCAACACUGGAAUAUCUAACAACAGCACAAUGGAAUGUGAAGGCCCUGGUUUACCUUACUCUUCACCUUCUUCUUUACCCCUGCUGACAGAAAAAAAGCCUAAGGAUGAAAUGGUCAGAGAAAUGCUUGAAAGACUUUCACAGUCUUCUGCUCACUUCAAGCAUCAGCAAAGAAACGAGCCUGAUCUUAUGCCUGAAGAGAAAUUCGAGAUUGCUCGUUCGGUCUUUGAGAAAAGCCCAGCUUUAUUUUUGUCACGGUUCAAGAAGCAUCUUACAUGUGAUGACGUUGCUUGCUUUGAGGAGUAUAUUGGUGACUAUGAAAUUGACUUUCAUCUAAAGGAGAUCCUUCGAAUAAACAGUUUGUCAUACAAGCGUAACAAAGUGAAAAAUCGCCGCUACAAAGCACUCCUGCAGAUGAUGUCCAUUGGUGAUGAAUAUUUCACAGAGGAAGCAAUGAAGGCUCGUGAUCCCCUUCUUUAUGAAGAGAUGAUUGGACAAUACCUCACCAAGGAAGAGAGGUGCUUGAAAGCAGAAGAUGCAGUGCCGAAGGACGAAUUUGUACUUUCAAACUUUUUAAUGAAGCAUAUUGAACAAAUUCAAGAGAACAAUCUCUAUUACAACCUCAAGGAUAAAGCGGAAGAAUGCUAUGAAGAAAUGGAUUCUGAUACAGAAGAGGAAAUUGAGUCAGAUGAUGAUAAUUCAAAUAUCACAAAAGCCGAGAAGAAACAUUUCCAAGUGGAGUUCCUGCAAAUUAUGCAAGAGAGAUUCCUCGAUGGAAAAGACACUGAUUACGACUACAGUUCUAUAGACAACAACGAUAAUUAUGAUGAUCUUGAUGAGGAAGGCAAAGAUGAAGAAGAAAAAUAUUUUGAUGACGAAGAACCUGAGUUCAUCUAUGAUGCACAUGUCACUUAA